AUGGCUGCAGACUUUGAAAAGUUUAGCGUUAAAAAACCUCGAGAAGAUAAACGAGAGUAUCUGGGUCUCAAGCUCGGAAAUCAACUGAAGUUACUGUUGGUUAGCGAUCCUGAAACGGACAUCUCUGCAGCGUCACUGUCUGUGCAUUGUGGAUCACUGCUGGACCCGGUUUCGCUUCAAGGCUUGGCACAUUACUUGGAGCAUAUGUGUUUUAUGGGCAGUGAAAAGUAUCCAUCAGAAAAUGAGUACACCAAGAUCGAGGGCCCGAAAGAGUACGUUUUUGAAGAAAACAAACGCCUCGGUUUUAUCAAAUUCAACUUUAUGGAAAAGUCAAACCCUAUGGACUACGUCUUGAAGCUUACAUCUUCAAUGCAUUACUUCCCAUUUGAAGACAUCCUUUCGGCCAAUAUUCUUCUUGAAAACUACAACCCGCAGUUAAUUACUGAAAUGCUUAGUUAUCUAACACCUGAAAACUGUUCAAUUGCGAUCUCCUCUAAAUCGUUUGAAGGCCAGACCGACUUGAAAGAAAAGUAUUAUGGCACCGACUACAAAAUUGUCGAAUUUUCAAAAGAAUUUUUAGAGUCACUGCGCAAUCCAGCUGUCAAUGCAAAUCUAAAGUUUCCUGAGCCAAAUGAAUUUAUUCCCACGGACUUUGAAAUUGUCAAAAGCGAUAGUCCUGCAACUGAAACACCAACAGUCAUAAGAGACUCUAAAAUAUUGAAGGCUUGGCACCUCAAAGACGAGACCUAUCUUAAACCAAAAGUUUUUUAUGGCAUUCAAAUCGUCAACCCAAUCGUCUUUGCUACGCCAGACAACACCAAUGCAAACGGAAUUUUCACCAUUUUAUUCAGAGACUUCCUUACUGAGUUUCACUAUGACGCCAAACUGGCAGGGCUUAGCUUUGACCUUUUUACAACUCAUUCGGGAAUGAAUGCAACUCUUGAACCUGGCUCUUCUUAUCGUUUCGAAACUGCCAUUGAUAUUCAAAAGCCGAAAGUGAUCCAUACUUACUUUCAAGUGAGCUUCGACAAUUUGGAAGAGACUGCCCGCCUUCAGUUGAUUUCUCAAUUGAUCCAUGAGUCAUUUUUUGACAUUCUAAGAACUAAAGAGCAACUUGGAUACGUCGUUUUCAGCAAAAUUCAAAGCUCGUGUGGAGUUAGUGGAGUGGCUUUUAUUAUUCAAUCGGAGUACAGCACUUCUUAUUUAGACGGCCGCAUCGAAGCUUAUAUUGCUUGGGCAGAGAAAUAUAUUGAGAAGAUGGACGACAAGGAAUUUGAGGCCGAAAAGAAUUCUCUGAUUACCAAAUUGUUAAAGAAGAAGAAGAAACUUAUUAAUCUCUCGGUGCAAUACUGGUCUGAAAUUACUCGCCACGAAAACUUUUUUAAGCGAAGCGAAGCUAUUGCUGAUGCAGUUAAAAAGCUAAACAAGACGGAGAUUCUACAGUUUUUCAAGUUGCACUUGUCACACGAAUCAGCACAGCGAAAGAAGCUUUCAGUUCAUAUUGUUAAAAGCAAUCCAGAACAAAAUGCGCUAACUCCAACUUACUCCGCCGAAAACGCAGUGGAGCUGUUGCCAAACGUCCAAGAAAAUCCUGGUAAAAGCUCGGUUUUAAUUGAAGAUUACGCAGAGUUCAAGAAACGAAAGCCUCUCUAUCCAAUCCCUCAACCGAAAAUGUAA